AUGUGGAUCCAAUUUUGUAUUAUUAUACAGCACUAUCAGCCUUCACCACAUUCCGAGGUUUCACAAAUGGAACAACGCGUCCCCAGCCAACGAUCUUUCAGGCUAAGGCCUGCAAUAUUCCCGCCAACUGACACUACACCACCAAAUAUUGAUUAUCGUUCUGAAUCCGACAGUGACGACGAUGGGCAUUAUUUGCCAGAUCCGAAUGCAAGACUCCGCCACGAGCGACCCCACGCGGGCAGCCAGCUUGAGCAACCCGGCUCGCCGGACACAACCCAACAAGCUGCAAUGCAGCGACCAUCUGGGUAUGAAGAAAGGGAACUAAUAGGGUCGGAAGGACAAUCACAUAGUUUCACCGGUAUCCAAACCAUGCCAAUGCACUCAGCCAACCUCAAUCGGACUUCUGCUCUACGCUCAACCAUGCGCUCUCCGGACUUCUCUCCCACCGUUGACCGUCCUACAACCACUGUUUCAUCUGAACUCGUGAAUAGGUCCCCUCGAAUAAUUGAUGACGCUCGGGCUUCACCCUACCCCCCGAGAUCUGUAGCACGUCACGGCUCUCGAGAACACCGAACUUCCCCUCGUGCUGGUCCCUCUCAUGCACCUAGACACGCUAGCUCGUCAACACCACACCACACUGCAUUAUAUCUCCACCGUACAGACGAUCCCUAUGCCGAUAUAUACGGGAAGAAAAAUCCUCAAGAUGAAUCCCGACGACCAUGGACACCACCUCCACAACUCCCUGGGAACACAUAUUCCUCUAUGUAUGACAGAGACAACGGCCUCAAUCAUGCUUGGGACUACGAAGCGCGCCGUCUCGAUUCGUCUGUCUUGAUUUCACCUGCGAACCGUCUGCACUCUCGAUCUGAGGCUGACCGUCCCUCCGAGGAGGGAUUGACUAUCACUCCUGCUCACAUCGAUGCUGUUUCCCAGGCGGCUAUGCGCUUUGAAGUAGAAUUGGCAUCACGUGGUUCUGGUUCUCAUGCUCUUCCGUCUUUCAACUUAGAAGCUCGCAGCUCUGAUAGACACGCUUCGACUGACGCACACUCAACGAUAACUGCUGGGGCUCAUUCUACACUCGAGGUCCCUUCUCUUUCUGGUACUGGCAGCCGAGCUUUCAUCGAAACGAGAACCAGUCCACCCGUGCCCCCUCCUCCUGCACCAGCACCCUCACUAUCCCGCGAAGCACCUCGACGUUUCACAAGAAAACGUGCGCGCGAGAUGGAAACCACCGAAACACCUGUCGCGUCAGGUUCAAACGUCACUAUCGAUCAGUUGGAAGAGACAGAACGCAGGACCAAGCGUCGUCGUACAGGAACUUUCACUCAAACUCCACCGAAGCCUCGAACCAGGACGAAUACUAGGAGUACCACCUCCCGCAACACAAACAUUACUCCUGCACCGGCAACCACCAGACCUACUCGCAACACAAACGGUGCCCCGGCACCCCCAACCGCUAGAUCUACUCGCGCCACAAGAAGUCGCGCAGCUCUCGGUGUCGAAACCAACGCCACCCCGGCCCCCGAUCGUAGUGGCGCCAAUUCUCGACAAACUGACACGGAGCGUAAGGACAAGGCUCGACAUAGAGCGCAAGAUUGGCGAGACACAUACUCGGCUGCGCUCACUCAAUUGCAAGAGACUCUCCCGAAAGAGUUUCACCCUCCACCCCAGAAGGGUAAGAAGGCGCCGCAAGUUGAGUGGUACACUGCAGGCGUCAGAUAUAUCUUGCAUCUCCGGGAGGAGAACGAGGUUCUUGCAGGUGAAGAACUCCUGAUGAGGACCAGGAGUGAGGAUUCGAUGAUGGAGCUCGAAGAGAUGGUGAACGAGAUGACGAGGCUCAGGGAGGAGCACGAUGUUCUUCUUGCGCAGCACGAGUCGCAGAUGGAGGCUGUUCAAGCACAGAACGAAGCACUUGUGGCCGAGAACACGGAGGUUCGACGGGAUCGUGAUCGGUUGAGCGACGAGAAUGAGGAAUUGCGCGACCAGAACGAGCGGCUCGCUAGGAGGCUUGAGGAGUACGAGGAAAAGGAGCGACUCAGGAGGCUUGACAGGUCGGAAACGAGCGACUGA